AAAUCAAGAGUCUUUCAAACAUAAACGCCUUAAAAAUUCCGUAUCGUUUCAUACAAUCGCUUGUUUUCUUUAGAGUUGUUGUCAAAUACAAAAGAGAAUACCUAUAACCACUAUUGUAUAAUAUUAUCAUCUGUAAUCACCCACGAGUCGAGCGUGCGUGGCAAUUUUUGUUGCGUCUUUUCUGCUGUAAAGAUUUUUUUUAAAUACUCGUCUCCUUCGAGAAUUCUACAACUUAAACCUGCAUUACAUCAACCAUCUCCGUUCUAUAAAAUGGGAGGUCCCAUGGAAAGGAUUCAAGUUCUUGAUGAUAUCGAAAAGGAUAUUCUAACUUGUCUUCAGUGUGCUGCUCAAACUUUAUUAGAACUCAGCAAAGAAAAAUCUGGACAGAAACAAGCAGAGACUAACACUUCACAAUUCCUGCGAACUCUAAAUCAAGUUGAAUCAAAGCUCAGUGAUCAAAUAAAUUAUUUAACUCAAGUGUCGACUGGCCAGCCUCAUGAGGGCUCUGGAUAUGCAUCACAAAAAGUUUUGCAGAUGGCCUGGCACAGACUGGAGCAUGUGCGGUCCUGGGUAAAUGAACUAGAUCGGCUUAAAUCUUCACACUUGGCUGCUGCUAACAGAACUACAUCAGGUGCAAUUCCUAAUGGAAAUAUGACAUCAUCUGGAACCAGUACAUGAUACAACUAAUUAACUUAAUAGUUUUUUUGAACUGGUGUGUGAUAUCAAAUGUCUGUGGAAACUUCUGUUUGGAUUUUUCUGGUAUUGUAUAUUUAUGUAUGCUGAAUAACUACAAUUGUUCAGUGUUCAUAAUUUCCUUUAUAAAUUACGAGCUGCUUCAGAGGGACAAUAAUUCCUGAACUUUGAAAAUACAUAAUGUCAUACCUUUUCUCACCCUUGUUCUGGGGAUCCUUGAGAUAGUCUUAUCA